UAAUCUUCCGAUGCGUCGGAGUUGCAGACAGAAGCGAUGCCUCGGAGCGACCUUGGCAAUCUGACGCAGCUGAAGUUAUAGUUAGUUUUGUCUAGAGGGCCAGGGUCGCGAAGUGCUUGGUCAGGAAUUAGCUGUCUGAGAAAGCCAAGAGAAUUCUGGAGUGAUUAGAAGGGGAUUCGGUAGGGCAGCAGCGAUGGCGGACGAGGGAGUUGAAGUGGCGAAGCCUGAUUCCAAGGACUUGCAACAGCAGAGCAAAGCGCUCGACUCCUUGACUGACCAUGUGGAGGACAGACAACUGGAUUCGGCUCGGGUGCAGCAGGCGAUGGCCUCAAUUGCUGCGACUUCGGAUGCUGAUCGGAAUGCGCAGCGGCUGCGGGAAAAGGAGCUAGCGGCUGUGAAAAUUAACCCUGAGGAUGUGGAUAUUAUUGCCAACGAGCUAGAGAUGGACAAGAAAGUCGCUGAGAGGACGUUGAGAGAACACAAGGGGGAUGCUGUUGCCGCCAUUCGCUCCUUCUUGAAAUAGGGUUUCAUGCUAUUCGUAGGAAGCAACUGUUUGUGAUUUUGUCGGUGAAGUGUGUGCUGGGAUCGCUAUCACUGCCUUUUUUUUCCCAAAGGAAUAGAGGUAGUGAUUUUCACGAAGACCGCUCAAUACAAGUGCUUGCCACUUUUCCAAUAGGAAUCUCACUAGGUUUUUUCAUAUUCAGCAUCAAGUUGUUGCUGAACUGCAUACCUCAACUUUUGACGCCAUAUCUUUGCAAUCAACAUCAGCAUGAAUUCCUACCUUUUCUGUACCUUCUUUAUGAA